AUGGAGAACAAUGGCUGCUUCGGCAGAGACCGGGUUUAUCCGGUUUUGUCACCCAACUCCCCUCAACACAACUCCAUCCCCCACAAUGUUGACACCUCUACAAUUUUUCCUGAAAUCCAGUUCACGGACACUGAUGAUGCAUUCCUGCAGCCAGUGGUUGUCACCAUCUGUUUUCCGGGUGUUCUAUCAAGGCAUCUUGUUGAUGGUGGCAUUGCCAUUCAAUUUUCUGUAACUCUAGCAGAAGAAUACAAAUCACUUGCAACCCCAGUUGUUCAAGUGGUCUCCUGGAAUUAUUUCGGGUCAGAGCAGUCACUGCAUUCUGGUGAUACAUGUUUUAUAGACAAUGAUUGCAAAUCCUCGAGCCCCUUUGCGGACAUUCUUGUCAAUUUUCUACCGCUCUCACAUUUAUUCAACCACUUACGGUCACAUCAUUGGUUUUUGCUGUCCAGGCAAAUUCAGGAGUGGCUUGUCACUAUCCCCAAGGAGUCGCAGCACUGGUCGUGGGGUCGAAAUGCAUUUUGGCUCGCAUUCAUUGGUGCCAACCCGUACUUUCCAAAUGGCUCAUGGUCCAAAUGGGACCCAAGAAUUCUGCUGCAAGGUCAGUUUAUUGAGCGGUGGUUGGAAGACUGCUCAGAUGACAAUUAG